CAGUUACUACAUUAUGAAAACGGGUGUCUUCCGGUUAUUUCUGUUGGCUUUCCUUUGGAAAACGCUAAACAUUGCGUUUGCGGAUUCCGAGAUUGUCUUAUUGCCUAACUCUGAUGGACUUAAGGACCAACGCAAUGGAUAUUGUUAUUCCAUUUUUAAACCACUUCUUGAAAUUUUAGUUGAACAGAAAGAAUACUCUAAUGCCAAGCACGAACAGAAUGUGAAACUAAUUAGUAGUUUGCAGACUCAGUUAGCAAUUGCUGAAGGUCAAAUCAAGAACAAAAUUGAUCUAAUUACCCAAAAGGAUGAGCAAAUCAAGGACAAAAAUGAACUUAUAAUUAUGAAAAACAAUCAGAUCCAAGUCCAAAGUGAACAAAUAAAAAACAAUGAGAAUGAAAUAAAUACCAUAAAGAAUGAAACUAAAUCGAUUUUCGAGAAAUUAAAUACAGCGAAAAAGCUGUUUGAGAAUUUUCUAUCAGAAUGGUGUCCCAGUGAAGAAGGCAUUUUUAAAUUGUAUCUUCGAGGAGUGAAUGCUUUUGAAGCGCCUUGCUCUAAAGAUGGUUGGAUGAUUAUCCAAAAACGGAUUGACGGACACGUGGACUUCAAUCGGACCUGGGAGGAUUACAGGAAUGGAUUUGGGGAUAUACAAGGAGAGUUCUUCAUUGGCCUGGAAAAGCUGCACCUCAUAACCAAAGUAGCAUACUAUGAACUUUGUAUUGAGCUUGAAGACAUUAAUGGAACCACUAGUUUCGCUCACUACGACAAUUUCGAAAUUGGUAGCGAGAUGGAAUCCUAUUAUUUAAAAUCGAUUGGGAAUUAUAAUGGUAUAGCCGGAGAUUCGCUCAGUUAUCACAAUGGAUCGAAGUUCUCUACUUUUGAUGUUGCUACGGAUUCAGGAAAUUGUAUAAGAGCUGGAGGUUGGUGGUAUAAUGAUGAUAGUUGUGGAUACAGUGCACUUAACGCACAGUAUUAUAAAGAUGGAAUAGCGGAAGAAAGUAAUGGAAUUGUUUGGGGUCAUUGGCAUAACUUCGACUAUACGAUCUCCCUUACCUUUGCACAAAUGAUGAUAAAACCGAAAAAUGUACUGGACGAAUAAGAAACCGUAAUAAACACAUAAAACGUCUGAAGAUAACAAACGAAAUUU